UGACUUAACACUACUUAGUGUGUUAGCAGAGCAGAUUACUAUUUCAUUGUAUUCUGAUGUGAUAUAGAGACUGAAAAAUCAUGUUGAUUUUUGAUGAGGACAUUUAACAAUAAGCUGAUAUAGAAGAAAAUAAAACAUGGGGAACAAGUGUUCUGCCCUCCGAAGGAGUACAGACACGGGACAAGGAAUUCAUUCAUCUGAUCAGCCCAAAGAUGAAGAAUCUAAUGGAGUUAUAAGUGGAGAAGAUUCCCCUCUCAUGCAAAGAGAGCCAUCUUUUCAGGAGGAGGUAAAAGAUGAGAAGAAGACAUCAGGGAAGGAAACAUCAUGCAGACAAGCACAAGAUGUUUAUCUUGAAAGCAGCAACUAUUGUGCAAAGAAUGACUUGGAAAACACAACUACGGAAGUAACAUCAAGCUCAUCUGAACCUAUGUCAAUCACGGAAGAGGAACAAAAAGCAAACUGGGUUUGGAGCAACAGACCGGAACUUAUCCAGAGCAUCCAAUCAGUGAUGCCCAUAGCUGACCAGCUGCACAAGAGGAACAUGCUCCAUAAAGAGAUGUACGACCAAAUCAGGACCACCAGUAAGAGCCAGGAUCAGAUGAGAGAACUCUUAGGAGCACUGAAUUCUGUGAAGGCAAAAGCUGCUUUCUAUGAAAUCCUCAGAGAAACUCAACCUGAAAUAUGUCAAAAUGAUGAUACAAUUAGAGAUAUUAUCAAAAAUAACAAAGACUCCUUGAGAAAAAAAUGUAGAUGGGAGCGUGAAGGCACUGAAGAUAACAACAAAACUCAGUCAUUAUACCAAAUCUACACAGAGCUUCACAUUGUUCAAGGAGAAAAUGAACAUGUCAAUAAGCAACAUGAGAUUUGGCAAAUUGAAGACAAGUUUAGAACUCAAGCAACAGAAGGAAUUAAGAUAAACUGCGAUGAUAUCUUUCAAAGCGCACCAGAAAUGAGAGCCAUUAGAACAGUGAUGACCAAGGGAAUUGCUGGAAUCGGUAAAACUGUGUCUGUAAAAAAGUUCAUUCUUGACUGGGCAGACGGGAAAGCGAAUCCAGACCUGGACUUCAUCUUCAUGAUUCCAUUCAGGGAGCUUAAUUUGGUCAAAGAUGAUGAGUUCAGCCUUGAGACUCUUGUUAAGGAAUUCCAUCCUGAACUCAAGAACACAGCAGUCAAUAAAAUAUUUGAAAAGCACAAGGUUUUGUUCAUUUUUGAUGGCCUUGAUGAAAGUCAGCUUAAACUGAACUUCCUAAAAACGAAAAGAUUGACAGAUCCAACAAAGGAAUCAUCCGUAGACAUCCUGGUGACCAAUCUGAUUAGGGAACAUCUUCUGCCCUCUGCACUCGUCUGGAUAACUUCAAGACCAGGAGCCGUUCAGCGCAUCCCCAAAGAAUAUGUCCAUCAAUGGACAGAAAUCAAAGGUUUCAAUGAUCCACAGAAAAUACUGUACUUCAGGAACAGAGUUCAGAACAAAAUGGUUGCUGAACAGAUUAUUGAUCAUAUUAAGAACUCGCGAAGCUUAUUUAUCAUGUGUCACAUACCCAUCUUCUGUUGGAUUGCCUCAGAGGUUCUUGAGUACUUGCUUUUAAAAAAUAGCAGCAUCCCAGAGAAAAAGACAAACAUACCCACAACUCUAAUGGAAAUGUACACACUCUUCUUCUGUACUCAAAUGAAGAGAGCUGCUGAGAAAUAUGGCCAAGAAGAUAAACUAGAUGUUGUUGAGGACGACAGGUCAAAUGCAGGCAAGGAGAACGAGCUAGAUAUCUCCGAACUAUUCAAAUUGAAUGAAGAGUUCAUUUUCAAGCUGGGCUGGAUGGCAUUUGAAAAACUGAACAAAGGAGAAAUCAUAUUCAGUAAAGAAGACCUGAAAAGUUAUGACAUUGACAUAGAGAAAGCUGGAGUCUGCUGUGGUGUGUGUACCGCAAUAUUCAAAGAAGAUAAUGUCAUUUUCUCAAAGAAGCUUUACUGCUUUGUGCAUUUGACACUUCAGGAGAACUUUGCUGCUCUCUUUGUGUACAGAAGCUUUGCAAGUAAAACAAUCGAUUCUCAAAGCCUCAAAGAUUUCCUUCUGAUAGGAUCUGAGGAAGAGCUGAAGACAAUCUUGGAUGUUCACCCAGUUGAUCUGCCUUUAGAUGAGCUAUUGGAAAUUGCUAUAGCAAACUCAACUUUGAGAAAGACAGGAGAACUGGACAUGUUUCUUAGGUUCCUCAUUGGCAUGUCCUUAGAGUCGACACAAAAUCAGCUUCAAGGCCUCAUUCAGCAAACAGAGAAACACUCUGAAGUUGCAGAGACUAUCAGGACAUGUCUAGAAGAAAUAGAUUUAUGUGACUGCUCUCCAGACAGAUGUCUGAAUCUGGUUCACUGUUUGGCUGAACUGAAAGAUGAUUCGCUGUAUGACAGUGUGAGAAAGUUUCUGAAUCCACAUCAAUAUCCAGAAACAGAGCUCACCCCUGUUCAGUGUUCAGCUUUGGCUGACUUAAUGCUAAUGUCAACUACACCAAUAGAGGAAUUUGACCUGACGAAAUACACAACAAAAGAAAAGGCCAGUUUCAGGAUUAUCCCAGCUGUGAGAAACUGCAGAAAAGCCAGAAUCUCAGGUGUUUUCCUCAAACCUGCUCUGUGUGAAGUGAUCUCAUCUGCUUUGCGGAGUCCUCAAUCUCCUCUGACUGAACUAGAUCUGACAAAAAAUAGACUUGGGGGUAAUGCAUUUGAAAUCUUCAUUGAAGGACUGAAAAAUGCAGAGUGCAAACUAGAGGCUUUCAGUCUCAGCCUCUCAGGGAUUGGACUAUCAGAGGAGUCACCCAAAAAUCUGGCAUCAGCUUUAAAACCAAUGAUCUCGAAUCUAAGGGAGUUGGAGUUGAGUGAAAACAUACUGAUGGACUCCUUACUCACUGUGAUCGCUGAUGGACUACGUUGCAGAAAGCUGGAGAAGCUCAGACUAAAUCAAAACUCUAACAUUACUGAGAUCUGCAAGGAGAUAGCGACUUCAUUCUCAUCCCACUUCUCCAACCUGCAAGAGCUCGACCUGAGUUACACAAAUUUCAAAGACUCAGAAAUGGAGGUCCUGUCAGCUGGACUGAUGAGUAAUACCUGUAUACUGGAAACACUGAGGAUCAGUCACAACAAGCUGACCGCAGAAGGCUGUGAGACACUGGCUUCAGCUCUCAGCUCCAGACCUUCUCCUUUGAGAGAGUUGGACCUGAGCUACAAUGACCUACAUGAUACUGGAGUAAUGAAGCUGUGUAAGGCUUUGACGAAACCAAACUGUACUUUAGAAAAACUAAGGCUAUCAUUCUGCAAAGUGAAAGAGGAUGGAUGUUCCUCUCUUGCAUCUGCUCUGAUGUCAGACCACUGUUGUCUCAGAGAACUGGACCUGAGCUUUAAUCACCUGACAGAUCAUGGAGCUAAAAUGCUAUCUGAAAAACAGAGGGAUCCACACUGCAGACUUGAAUGCCUCAAUGUGGACCACAAUGAAGAAUUUUGGGUUAACCUGAAGCUGCUGAGACAGUAUGCCUGUGAUUUGACACUGGACACCAAUACAGCAGGAGCUACUAUCACGUUGACUAAAAAUAACAAAAUGGCAAGUUACUGCGACGAGGACCUUCCAUAUCCUGAUCAUCCAGACAGAUUUGACGCUCCUCAAGUGCUUUGUAUUGAAGGCCUGACUGGUCGUCAUUACUGGGAGGCUGAGUGUUAUAUGAGCUCUGACACUGAUGUGGGAGUGGCAUAUAAAAGUAUUCCUAGGCAGGGAGACUGUUCCAGUGAAAUUUCUCUGACAGGAAAUGAAAAAGCGUGGUCAUGGAAUACCACUGGAUGUUUUUAUCACAAUAAUUAUUGUCAAACGUUUCUGAAGUCAGACACAUGCAGCAUAGGGAUAUAUCUGGAUUGGCCAGCAGGGGUUUUAUCAUUUUUUGAUGUUUCUCGUGAUGCAGUGACCCACCUGUACACUGUACAAACAACUUUCACUGAACCCCUACAUCCUGGAUUUGGUCUUACUUCUGGAUCAGUUUGCAUAAAACAAAAAAAUAUAUAUAAGUAAACAAAAGAUGAAUGAGGGAUAAAAAUGUAUAAAUAAAUACAUUUCAAGUCUGAAUUAUGAUGCAAUGUAAGAUUUAUUGUGUUUUGGUUAGGACAAUGCAACUGUCUUUUCGAACUAGCACAACAAUUUAAACAUAACAUAUUGCAAAAAAUGUAAAACAUUUGUACAUUUUAUCAUAGUUUUUAUUCAAUUUUUUUAUGCUAGAAAUUGGCAGUAUCAACAAAUGAAGAAAAAAAUGGGCCCUUUUAAGACAUACUUUUCAAAUUGCUAACACAAAGUAUUCAGUUGACACAAUUGUGGAGAAAUGGAGAAAUCAAAGUGCGGGUGUACACCUAUACACACAUACAGCUGCACAAUUUAAGAUUUCGAAAAACAAUUUGCUUAAUGGAAACAAAUUAUUAAAAGAAAAAGAAGCCUCCACUUCUUCAAUAAAAUGUUUAGGCAUUUGGAUUAGGUGGUGUUUUUUUGGCCAUAUCAAAAUGAUUGUAUUUCACAAAACUGCAAUGGAAACACUUUAACAUUAUACGAGUCACAUGAUCAACAACCUGAUGCUGGCAAUCCACGAAGAAGAAAAAGACAGGAAGCAAUUGAAGGAUCAUAGUGCAACAUGUGUUUAUAAUUACUUAUUGUGUGAACAAAGUUAUUCACCUCUGAUUUUAAUUGCAUUUCUUAUUUAACACAGCAAUUGCAAGAUUGUGAAUUUUCAACAUUAUCAGAACACUGACAAAGUUUUGCGCACAUUUGUGAUGA